AUGGGUGUUUCAAUGACAAAUGUGAUUUUAUACCUGUGUUUAUUAGCCAUUACAGAAAUUACGUCUGAACAGAUAUUGAACAGACAUCAACGAGAGAGUGAACAAGUCGUUCCCGAACCAGAAACAACAAAUAACACAAUGAAUAAAACACAUAUUGUUGAUACUCCACAAUCAGAUAACACAGAUAAAAAGACUAGAAAGCGUUUGAAUAAUGUCCAUCUUUGCCUUCCAUACUUCAAGAUUUUCUUGGUAACUGUAAUAAGGCAAAGGUCGUCUGAUAUUGAAAGAGAUGCUAAAGUUCAGAUGAAUACAACUAAAAACGCUGGGGUAUACGUCGAUCUAGCUACUAACCCAGAAGAAGAAAAGGGUGAUAGAGAAACGGAUAAAUUAAGACAUACAGAAGAAGCUUGA